AUGUCUAAACCCUACAAGCUGAUAGGUGAGGAUGUUUAUAAGAAUAGGACAGAAAAGAUUAACUCUGAACUGUUCACUUUGACAUAUGGUUCCGUGGUGGCUCAAUUAUGCCGGGAUUACAAUAACGAUUAUAAAAAAGUAAAUGAACAAUUGGAAAGUAUGGGAUACAAUAUAGGAAUUAGGCUGAUCGAAGAAUUUUUGGCCAAAACUAAUUUUGGACGUUGCAUCAACUUCAAAGAAACGGCCGAGAUAAUCAGCAAAGUUGGGUUCAAGAUGUUCUUAAACACAACACCGACUGUGGACAACUUCUCUGCUGACGGCAAACAAUUCAAUUUAAUACUGGAAGACAAUCCUCUUGCCGAGUUUGUGGAACUGCCAGAUGACAAUAAAGCUGUAAAGGAGCUAUGGUACUCAAACGUACUGGUCGGAGUAUUGAAAGGUGCCCUACAGAUGGUCCAGCUAGAUGUUGACGUCUCAUUCGUCAAAGAUAUUUUGAGGGGUGAUCCUUCUACUGAAAUCAAACUGAGGUUGAACAAAAUACUCAAGGAUGAGAUACCUGCUGGAGAAGAUUAA